UUGUCUGAGGGAAGCCGGAAGCACGUAAACCUACAGAAAAGCAUUGAGAAAGCUAAAAUUGGCCGACAUGAGACGGAAGAGCGAACCAUGCUAACAAAAGAGCUUUCUUCACUUCGGGAGCAAAGGGAGCAACUAAAGGCAGAAGUAGAAAAAUACAAAGAAUGCGACCCAAAAGUUGUAGAAAAAAUACGUCAAGAAAGUAAAAUAGCCAAAGACGCUGCUAACAGAUGGACUGAUAACGUAUUUGCCAUAAAAUCUUGGGCCAAAAGAAAAUUUGGGUUUGAAGAAAAUAAAAUUGAUAAAAGUUUUGGAAUUCCAGAAGACUUUGACUACAUAGACUAAAAUUUUCAAUGGUGUGAAGGAUCUAUGAGCUUGUGAAUAUGUAAAUUUUUUAAUAUUAUUCAACUAAAUGUACUAAACUGUCAUUUACAUGUAACUUUGUUUAUUAUUUUAUUAAUUUUAAAUAAAGUAUAACAUGCA